CUCUGCGAACACCGCACCUUUCCGAGGAGAAAAUCCUGCAUCCUGCCUUUGAUCUGCAAGAAUUAGAGAACCAAGCAGCUCUGAACAAGYCCCAAUUAGGAGAAAAUUAGGAGAGUUCUCAGACCCAAAAGACCUGCUGUCCUUCCUGCUUGACAACCAACACUUCCUCCAGCGGCYGCAGAGCUCUGAGCGCCUGUGGCCACCAUGAGCGAGCAGAGCCACGUGAACAGCCUCUUCCUCAAGGAGGACGCGUCGAAGCGGCUCCACGCGCAGAGCCGCGUGCACCGAUUCCAGCAGGCCGUGCAGAAGCGGGCGGCCCGCGCCAGGAAGCGCAUGCACAGCCUCACGGCGGAGAGYGCCAAAAGCUUCUUCAGGAGGAACGCGUUCGUCCUCUUCACCAUCGCGGCCGUCUUGCUGGGGAUCAUMCUGGCUUUUUCCCUCCGGCCCUACCAGCUGACCUAUCGCCAGAUCAAGUAUUUCUCCUUCCCUGGCGAGCUGCUGAUGCGUAUGCUCCAGAUGCUGGUUCUUCCUCUCAUCGUCUCUAGCUUGAUUACAGGCAUGGCCUCACUUGAUGGCAGAGCCUCGGGGAAGAUGGGGAUGAGGGCUGUGGUCUACUACAUGGUGACCACCAUCAUAGCAGUCUUCAUUGGCAUCCUCAUGGUCAUCAUCAUCCACCCAGGGAAAGGAUCUAAAGAUAAACUCCACCGGGAAGGAAGAAUCGAGCAGGUGCAGACCACUGAUGCCUUCAUGGACCUGGUGAGGAAUAUGUUCCCGCCCAACCUCGUAGAAGCCUGCUUCAAACAGUACAAGACACAAUACACCACCAGGGUCUUCACCAGAACUGUCCUCCACAGCAGCAAUGUCACAGCAGCUGUCACAACCACCCAGAUCUCUGUGCCUGAGAACUCCACCGGUAUCCUGGAGAACGUCACUCAUGCCCUGGGGACCCUCUCCGAGGUGCUGACCUUUGAAGAAGUCAUUCCCAUCCCGGGCUCAGCCAAUGGGGUGAACGCACUGGGGCUGGUAGUGUUCUCCAUGUGCUUCGGUUUGGUGAUCGGCAGCAUGAAGCAGAAGGGACGGGCCCUGCGGGAGUUCUUUAACUGCCUCAACGAAGCCAUCAUGAGGCUGGUGGCCAUUAUCAUCUGGUAUGCCCCAGUUGGGAUCAUGUUUUUGAUUGCUGGCAAAAUCCUGGAGAUGGACGACUUAGCAGUGAUGGGGGGCCAGCUGGGCAUGUACACGCUCACUGUCAUCGUUGGCCUGCUCAUCCAUGCCCUCUGCAUCCUGCCGCUGCUGUACUUCAUUGUCACGCACAGGAACCCCUGGGUGUUCAUCGCAGGGCUGCUGCAGGCCCUCAUCACGGCCCUGGGCACCUCCUCAAGCUCCGCGACUCUGCCCAUCACCUUCAGGUGCCUGGAGGAAAACAACGGUGUGGACAGGCGCAUCACGAGGUUUGUCCUGCCCGUGGGAGCCACCAUCAACAUGGACGGUACCGCUCUGUAUGAGGCCCUCGCAGCCAUCUUCAUCGCACAAGUCAACAACUACGAACUCGACUUCGGGCAGAUCAUCACAAUAAGCAUCACCGCCACGGCAGCGAGCAUCGGCGCUGCGGGCAUUCCCCAGGCCGGACUGGUGACUAUGGUCAUCGUGCUGACCUCCGUGGGGCUGCCUACUGAGGACAUUACGCUCAUCAUCGCUGUGGACUGGUUUCUGGACCGCCUCAGAACAACCACCAAUGUCCUGGGGGACUCUCUGGGCGCUGGCAUCGUGGAGCAUCUCUCCCGUCGUGAGCUGGAUGCGCAGGACUGCGAACUUGACUACUUCACCAAAGGGUCAAGAAAGCAUUGAAUUCUAACCCCGAAGAGACUUGCUGUGUAUGAAGGGCAAGUGGAUGGCUGAACUGGAAGUAAAGAUUGUUGGACUGGACUCUUGCUCAAAUGUGAAUUAAUUCUGGGAACUGCCAUGGCUUGGAUUAUACCGAGGUUCAAACUAGACGAUCACAACGGCCCCUCCUGGCUCUAUAAUCUACGCACAUCCCUUGUGGUUUAGAGAUAUUGUAAAGGAUCCUU